AAAAUAUAUUCGUCAAUAAUUUCGUCACUACUUCGGCCAAACUAUAAGUUCCAGCUUUUGCAGAGAGCGUUCGCUCUGGCUCUAAUAUAAUUUCAUCAGCCAAUACUUCUACUGGUUUUUAAUUCGAAGUUUACUGAUGGCUGACUCUAGCAAAGUUUGUGAAUUUAUACUUAUGCUCUUCUGCCCGCCAGUGGCGGUUUGGUAUCACAGUCGAUCGUGCUCCUGCCACGUUUGCCUGAACAUCGGUCUAGUCCUCCUGGGCGUAAUCCCAGGUAUAAUCCAUGCUGUAUGGUAUUGUUAUAUAAGAGAUCGAUAACUAUCAGUAUCACUAUUCUUUACAACUUGAGGCAUUUAAGGCUUCUUUUAAAAAAAUUUUUUUUAUUUGGAGUGCACAGUUGCAAUGUGAUAAAUCUUUUUCUAAAUAACUGGCU